AAAGCUGAUCACUUCCAAGGUUGCUCCUGGGACCUGAUUUGAGAAUCAAAAAGAAGGUGCCACUCACUGCAGGAUGUGGGCAAAGAAUAUUACUGGAAAUUUUGCUAACAUAAUCCAUGGGUUGAAACCAAGCCACCUGACAGAUGUGGUGGUCCAGAGGAGCAAACGGAUGAUUCUGGACACCCUAGGAGUUGGGCUGCUGGGCACCAGGACGGAUGUUUUUCAGAAAAUGAUACAAUACAGUAAGAUCUACAGCUCUGAUACGUCAAGUUCUGUCUGGGGUCACUCAGAUCUCAAGCUUCCUGCCCUGUAUGCAGCUUUUGUGAAUGGAGUGGCGACUCACUCCAUGGAUUUUGAUGACACUUGGCAUCCAACCACACACCCCUCUGGAGCUGUAUUGCCGGCUCUCCUUGCUGUCUCUGAAGCUGUGUCUGAAAAGCAAAGGAUUUCUGGUCAGGACCUGCUUUUGGCUUUCAACAUAGGCAUCGAAGUACAAGGUAGACUGAUGCAUUUUUCCAAGGAGGCCAGCAAUGUUCCAAAAAGGUUUCACCCACCAUCCAUACUUGGCACCAUGGGAAGUGCUGCAGCCACCGCUAAACUCCUGGGUCUUGAUCAGUUUAAAUGUAAGGAAGCCUUAGCUAUUGCUGCCUCUUAUGCUGGUGCCCCAUUGGCCAACGCAGCCACCCAAACGAAACCUCUCCAUAUGGGCAACGCAAGUCGGCAUGGCUUGGAAGCAGCCAUCUUAGCAUCCUUGGGUCUCCAGGGAAACAAACUGAUCCUGGAUCUAGAGUCAGGCUUUGGGGCCUUCUACACAGACUACUUGCCUCAGACUCUGCCAAGCUUGUCAUCCUAUUCUUGGCUGCUGGAUCAACAAGAUGUUGCAAUCAAGAGCUUCCCAGCACACCUGGGGACACACUGGAUGGCAGAGGCAGCCCUAGCAGUAAGGAGGCACCUCGCAAAGAAUGGAGAGUCCCUUCCCAGUGGUCUAAUCAAGACAAUCGUGCUUAAAGUCCCAGAUAUGCAAUACGUUAAUAGGCCGUUCCCUUCCUCUGAACAUGAAGCUAGGCAUUCUUUCCAAUUCGCUGCAUGCUCUGCACUGCUAGAUGGAUGCAUCUCUGUUGAAUCAUUCAAGGAGGAGAACAUCUCCCGCCGAGAACUAAAUGAGCUACUCAGCAAGACACACUUAGAACAGUCUCCCAACAACCAUCCCAGUUUCAAUACCCUUUACUGUGAAGUUGUCAUCACCCUCCAGGAUGGAUACACCUUGUCAGAGCGUUGUGACACCUUCUAUGGGCACUGGAGGAAGCCACUGAGCAGGGUGGACCUGGUGAAAAAAUUCCAUGCCAAUGUCACCUCUGUUCUUUCACUGGAAGGUACUGAAAGCAUAAUUGAAACAGUUGAUCAUUUAGAAAAACUAGAAGAUUGCAGGGUGUUGACCUCAAUUCUCCAAGAGUCAACAAAAGGUCAGCCUAAACUUAGCUGCUCUGAAAGAGGCUUUUAAGAUCAUGCUUUGUUCUGGAAAUAUUUAGAUGUCCUUGAAUGUUUAAGAAUGUGACUAGUAUUCUCAAAAACCUCUUAGUUUGGACCAGGUGAACUUCUGCAAAGUGAAUCCAAAAUCUGUAUGACACAUAAUGUAUUUUAUGUGCAGAUCCUAUAACUAAGAGCUAAA